AGGAGCUGAAAAUGCAGAUUUAGCAUCAAGCACAGGCAGACGCUCGCUCUUUCUCUCAGAUACACACAGCUCCCCACAUUCGCACCUCUGCCAGCCAGCCGGGCCGCCUGACUACACGGCUUCCCCGCCAACCAGAGGCUGGAGGAGAACACACAUUGAUUUGCUGUUUUCCAAGCCCCUAAUCAGUCGGUCUCUUUCGCUGCACAAAGAUUUUUUUUUAAACAAACAAACAACAACAAAAACUACAUAUAUAUAUUUUAUUUGCACCUUCCUUUCGAGUCUCCUGCUCCGCCAGCCUGCGCUCCUUCUAACACCACUUUUCACUCCCAAAUAAAGAUGAACGGUGGCUGUGUCUUUCAGUGGAAGGCGGCUGCCGGGCUCCUCUUCUGUGUCAUGGUUUUCGCAUCUGCCGAGAGGCCGGUCUUCACGAAUCAUUUUCUCGUGGAGUUGCAGAAAGGGGGAGAAGAAGAAGCUCGCCAAGUUGCAGCAGAACACGGCUUUGGAGUCCGAAAGCUCCCCUUCACUGAAGGCCUGUACCACUUUUAUCACAACGGCCUUGCAAAGGCUAAGAGAAGACGCAGCCUGCACCACAAGCAGCAGCUGGAGAGAGACCCCAGGGUAAAGAUGGCCUUGCAACAGGAAGGAUUUGACCGAAAAAAGCGAGGGUAUAGAGACAUCAAUGAGAUUGACAUCAACAUGAAUGAUCCUCUUUUUACAAAGCAGUGGUAUCUGAUCAAUACCGGGCAAGCUGAUGGCACUCCUGGCCUUGAUUUGAAUGUGGCAGAAGCCUGGGAGCUGGGAUACACAGGGAAAGGAGUUACCAUUGGAAUUAUGGACGAUGGGAUUGACUAUCUCCACCCAGACCUGGCCUCAAACUAUAAUGCAGAAGCAAGCUAUGACUUCAGCAGCAAUGACCCCUAUCCUUACCCUCGAUACACAGAUGACUGGUUCAACAGCCACGGGACCCGAUGUGCAGGGGAAGUUUCUGCCGCAGCCAACAACAAUAUCUGUGGGGUCGGAGUGGCGUACAACUCCAGGGUGGCAGGUAUCCGGAUGCUGGACCAGCCGUUUAUGACAGACAUCAUCGAGGCCUCCUCCAUCAGCCACAUGCCUCAGCUGAUCGACAUCUACAGUGCCAGCUGGGGCCCGACAGAUAACGGGAAGACAGUGGAUGGUCCCCGAGAGCUCACGCUUCAGGCGAUGGCUGACGGCGUGAACAAAGGCCGGGGCGGCAAAGGCAGCAUUUACGUGUGGGCCUCCGGAGACGGCGGCAGCUAUGACGACUGCAACUGCGAUGGCUACGCCUCCAGCAUGUGGACCAUCUCCAUCAACUCGGCCAUCAACGACGGCAGGACAGCCCUGUACGACGAGAGCUGCUCCUCCACCUUGGCCUCCACCUUCAGCAACGGGAGGAAGCGGAACCCGGAGGCUGGCGUGGCAACCACAGAUUUGUAUGGCAACUGCACUCUGAGGCAUUCUGGGACCUCUGCAGCAGCUCCGGAGGCAGCUGGAGUGUUUGCACUGGCUUUAGAGGCUAACCUGGGUCUGACCUGGAGAGAUAUGCAGCAUCUGACCGUGCUCACCUCCAAACGGAACCAGCUUCAUGAUGAGGUCCAUCAGUGGAGAAGGAAUGGUGUUGGCCUGGAGUUUAAUCACCUCUUUGGCUAUGGGGUCCUUGAUGCAGGUGCCAUGGUGAAAAUGGCUAAAGACUGGAAAACCGUGCCCGAGAGAUUCCACUGUGUGGGAGGCUCCGUGCAGGACCCUGAGAAAAUACCAUCCACUGGCAAGUUGAUGCUGACCCUCACAACUGAUGCCUGCGAGGGGAAGGAAAAUUUUGUCCGCUACCUCGAGCAUGUCCAAGCCGUUAUCACAGUCAACGCAACCAGGAGAGGAGACCUGAACAUCAACAUGACUUCCCCUAUGGGCACCAAGUCCAUCCUGCUGAGCCGGCGUCCGAGGGACGAUGACUCCAAGGUGGGCUUUGACAAGUGGCCUUUCAUGACCACCCACACGUGGGGGGAAGACGCCCGAGGAACCUGGACCCUGGAGCUGGGGUUUGCUGGGAGCACACCCCAGAAGGGGGUGCUGAAGGAGUGGGCCCUGAUGCUGCAUGGCACACAGAGUGCCCCUUACAUCGACCAGGUCGUGAGGGAUUACCAGUCAAAGCUGGCCAUGUCCAAGAAGGAGGAGCUGGAGGAAGAGCUGGAUGAGGCUGUGGAGAGAAGCCUCAAGAGCCUCCUGCACAAGGACUAGUGCCAUCCCUGCCUCCACCACCUCCCCCCAUCUCUGCCUCUUGUCCUUGCUCCACCCUCUGUCAGGAACCCAGCAAUUACUGUCACCCCCACACAAGCAGUUCCAGCUUCUCCAUCUGAACCUCCGCUCAUUGUCAGUGAUUAUUUUCAUUACAAUGGAAGCAAUCUUUUUUAUCCUGUGCCCCAAAUACAGUGUUCCCACCAACACCUACAUUCUAUUUGUGACUCUAAGUUCUUUGUUUCUGUCAUUCAGAUAGGUGAUAUCCUGCAAACAAAACUGGGACAACUUUCCCCUCACUAUUUUUUCAUAUCUGACAAGAGAAGAGAAUGCAUUUAACAAGUCACACACAGUGAUACUAAGAACAUUUAUUUGUGGUCUCAAAUGCAGACCUGUUACGUAAAAGAAACUCAAAGAAUAUGACAGAGGAUGAGCUAUGAACAGAGCACAGGAGAUGCUGUAAGUCCUUUGGGGAUAAAUGUUUGCAACUUAGCAAGGUUUUUCAGGGAUGUAAGGCAGCAUGCUUUGAAAGAUGCUAUCCAUGAGAGCCCUAAUUCCUGGAUGGGGAAGAAAGUCAAACUUCAUGAGCAUUCAAAGUCUCACCAGUAUCAAGAUCGUAAUUUGUCCUAUUCAGCCAGUGUUAUAAACGUAAAACCUAAGUAGCGAGGCUGCCAUUCCACCAGCUGCUGCUCUGAGUCAUGGUAAAAUCUGCCAGAGAAACCUAAUUACUCCCAGUUUGUACAGGGUUCAUUCCUGCCCCAAUUUUCUGGGGUUCCUCACAUAGCUAUCAAAGGAGAGAAAGGCAAGGCAGGUCUGGCACCAUGUCUGAAGAAUAAAGCCUAGCUUGGUGGUUUUUAACACAAGGACUUUCCUUUUCCAAGUCACUUUGUGGCUCCUUAACCUGACGCUAGAGGCUGGGUUUUUUUGACACAGGAAUACUUGGCUUUGAUUUGCAAAACAUGAUUGGAGGGAAACAGCUUAUACCUUCAUGCUGUGGUUUCCUUGCUGGGGUAAGGAAAUGCCCUCUGUUCUAGGAGCAGUGAGGGAGGGAGAAAGGGUAUGUUUGAAGAUGUGAGUGGCUGUCUUCACACAAACCUGCAUUGGUUUGCAGCCUCUUCUGCCACAGGGGACAAAUGCCGAGUCAUCCCUCUGUAACUUGAGGCCUGAAGGAAGCAAGAAGACCUCAGUAGGGAAAGCACAGUUAUCGUCUCGGCAACUAAGGGGGAUGUUUAACAUGCAACCCAAAGUCGGGACAUUCCUUCCCCCAUAAGCCCCAAAAGACACUACACCAUUUCAUUACCAAAUAGAAAUGCUUUCUGACCUGCUGUCACUUUGCUUUCCUACCCAAAGAAUGGCCCCACACCCCCAAUCCCAAUGCCCACCCAUUCCCAAGAAAUAGUCUGUUUGCUUGAGUUGAUGCCCAAGAACUGAUCAGCCACGGCUGGCUGCAUUUCUCCCUUACAUGGGAGCAUGUAGCUAAGCCUGGAGUUCCUUCCCUUAAAGUCAGCAACGCUAAGGCAGUAGGUUCCAUUCCCUGAAGGUAGCUCACCAUUCUGGUGAUGAUGUCUGGAAAGCCCAUUUUCUUUCUUUCUUCCCCUAUGUUGGCAUGAAUUUCUGUCUUCUCUAACACCAUAUGACCUUCUCUAAAUAAUGCUUUAAA